GGAUGGACCAUCCCGGAAUUCCUCGCUCCUGAGGACAUUCGCUUCUACCAACAGGAUUGCACUCCAUACUACCUCGAUGACGUCUCCUCCAACCACAAGGAGUCUGUGGAGACCAUGCAUGAAUUGGAGGAUGCGACAGGCAUAUAUGCACGCGCUUUCAUUGCCUUCCAACUGGGAAUGAGA